ACUUCUGAGGUACAAGUAGCCAUGGCUAGACCUACGAUCAUAAAAUCACCUUCGCAGCGUUUUAAGAAAUUUUUGGAUGUCAUUAAACUGUUUGCCAAAACGUGUGGAGCCAAUAUUUUUGCAGAGGAUUAUCGCAUAAAUGCACUGACUUGUUUGAUAACGAUCCUGGUCAACUGCUUCAUGCUUUUUAACUUCUACACCAUAUAUGUAAGUGUGGCAAAGGACAAUUACCACAUUGUGUUGCAGAAUCUUUGUGUUGUGGGCACUGCUAUACAGGGCUUUUCCAAACUAAUAAAUGCCAUCGUUUAUCAAGACUUAACUCGUUUUACAUGUUCCGAAAUUGAAUUUAUGUAUCGUACUUUUGAGACUGAAGAACAGCACUAUGUUGAUGUUCUAAAUACGUCUUUGAAAUUGUUGAAACGUAUAAUUUUUACCAUUUUAAAAAUCUAUGGAAUUCUGACCAUUGCAAUACUCAUUUCGCCCAUGAUUAUCCAAAUGAUCACGAACGAAAGGCUGUUUAUUCUCAAUGUGUUUAUACCGGGGGUGGAUGUCGAUACAACGGUCGGUUUCAUUAUCAUUCAAACGUUCAAUGCUGCUUGUACCACAUUUUCUGGUUUUGGAAAUUUCGCUGCCGAUACCGCCUGCUUUAUGCUGGUUGCCCACACACCCCUAAUGAAGGAUAUAAUCAAAUGUAAACUUAUUGAUCUGGAUGAGGUCUUGCGAAAACAUCCAAAAGAUAGGAGCAGGACAGAGCCUUUAGUAAAGGAUAUCAUUCAAUGGCAUCAAAGAUAUAUUAUCUUUACAGAGAAAAAUACCAGCAAUUUCUUUUGGAUGAUUUUUAUUCAAGUGGCCUCCUCGGUCAUGGGCAUUAUUUCCAAUAUGGUUUGCAUGUUUCUUGGUGGAUGGCCGGUGGCUCCACUAUAUUUGUUGUCAUCGUUUGUAAUUUUGUUUUGUUAUUGUUCACUGGGCAAUUUGGUGGAACUAUCAAACGAGGAUAUGUGUGACAAUGUUUACGAAUGCAAGUGGUACGAACUUACUGUGCCGGAGCAAAAAAUGAUUCUUAUUAUGUUGCGAGAAUCCCAGAAGCCGAAUAACCUUUCCGUUGGAGGGGUUGCAUCCUUGUCUAUGAAUACGGGCUUACAAUUAACAAAAUCAAUUUAUUCAGUGGCCAUGUUGUUGAAUAAUUCAUUGAAUUGAAUUUGGUUUUAAUUCAAUGGGCACUUGGAAAGCAAUAUUUAAAUUAAGUUUCACACAAAAGUAGUAUUUGAAUCGCAACACUACAAUUUGAAAGUAAUGUAUCCGCUGUUGUUGCGAAAAAAUCGUAGUUCAUAUUU